AUGUCUUCGUCUAGUAGUUUAGAGAAGGAGAUAGACGAGUACCAGGACGAUUCUUCUGGGAGUGAGGGUAGUGAUGAAAGUAGUGUAGAUAGCUUGUCCUGUAGCGAUUCCUUAGACGAGCAUUAUUCGUCUGGGGUUCCUGGCGUUCCCUUGGAGGAAUUUCAGGAACUACAACCUGCAUCUUUGGGAUCCAACUCUCUUAAAGAAUAUCUAAAAAGAUAUGGAAUCAAUGAUGAAGAGGAUAAAAAGAAAAAGAAGAAGAAGAAGAAGAAGAAGAAGGUCCAAAGUAAACCAAAUGCAACAGGUCUUUUAGUUGUGGAUGAAGAUCUAGUUUGGCUGAAAAUAGUCAAUUUGGAAGAGGAAAACAGCGGCGAUUCAGCUGAGCAUUUUGGUAGUGGCUUUGUAGCCGAUUUGGAAAGGGAAAUCCAAAGCCAGAAAGAACAUCGGCUCGUGUACAGGAAGAGGAUGGAAAGAACACAAGAUUAUCUAAGGUACUGUCUCCAAAUAGCACAAGAGAAUGGAUUCUUGCACCUUAUUAUAAACAACAAAAAUGAUCAACAAGAAGGUGUUCUUUACUCCAAUAUUGUUAGUACUAGUCCUCUACCUCUAAUGCCAACUCCUGUGCAUCAAAAUUCCGACUUAGCAGCAAUCAUUAAUCAAGCCAAGCUAAAUGGAUGGUACAUUGAUCCAAAUGAGAUUGAAUUGCAAGAAAAGCUAGGACAGGGAAGUACUGCGGAUAUUUACAGAGGAACUUGGCAUGGACUUGAUGUUGUGGUGAAGUGUCUAAACCCUAAUUAUUUUCAGACUUUGAAUGGGAACGGUGUGUCAUUUUUUGCUCAAGAGCUCAACACCUUAUCAAGGCAACGCCAUCCAUUUGUGCUUCAUCUAAUGGGCGCGUGCCUUGAACCCCCAAAGCAUGGGUGGGUGGUAACAGAGUUAUUGGGCAUGACACUGAAGGAAUGGCUACAUGGACCAGGUAAGAGGCGGAAAGAGAGGAUGGUUCCCCUUCCUCCAAUUGAAGAGAGGUUAGCUCGGGCAUUGGAGAUUGCUCAAGCAAUGCAGUAUCUCCAUGGAAAAAAGCCUAAGGUUAUUCAUCACAACUUGAAGCCUAGCAACAUUUUCUUGGAUGAUUCCAUGCACGUGAGAGUAGCAGAUUUUGGUCAUGCCAGGUUCUUGAAUGAAGAGGAGAUGGCGCUCACUAGUGAAACAGGCAAGAACCUAUAUCAUUUUUGCACCAUAUUCCUCUUGGGAGCAUUGUAAUAAGGGUUAUGCUAACCAGUGUCCUUAAAGCAUUGUUUUGGGGUUAUUUUGUGGGUGGGUUUGGGUGGGCAAUAUCCAUACAUUGAGACAAAUUACACUCCCACAAGGAUUGCCAUGGAGGUUGCAGAGGGUAAGCUAAGGCUAACACUUCCUAAGGACGAUGGUCAACUUAAAGGGCCCAUCGACCUCAUUUGCCUUUCAUGGGAUGGGGGUGCUUAUAAUAGACCAUCCUUCACAACAAUUACUUGUAAUCUGAGGACAAUUCAAAGCAGUCUUUUAAGAACUGUUUAG